AUGUCUAAAGAGCUAAUUGAUAAAAAUAAAGCACAAGAAAGUCAAAAUGAAAUCCCCACACCGGAAUCAAGAAUAGAAUGGGUUAGAAACUUGAUAAACGGUGGUAAAUUAAUUUCAAUAGACAGUUCUGAAUUUGAAACCAAAAAGGCUAUUUGCGCCGGGGGUUACGGUUUGAUUGUUCUUUGUCGUUGGAAAAAUGAAAAUAGAGACGUAGUUCUAAAACACAUGGCUGAAAUCGAAGGUGAUGAACAGCUGAAAGUAUUUCAGCAAGUUAAGGAUGGCGUAAAAAUAAAAGGUGUUGAUAACAUCAUAAGAUUCUAUGGUGUAAGUUAUUUCGAUGAUGGAAAAGAUACCAAGCAUGAUAAGAGCUCAGACAUCUACAGUUUCGGGGUAGUGAUGUGGGAAAUUUCUAAUAAUGGCAAGGACCCAUUUGAGAAUCAACACCAGCAGAUAGAAAAUGAUUUAAAAGAUAUUGACAUCAAUGAUAAAUGGAUAGAUGAACCACCAUCACCGGCAUCCUGCAGUUCAAGUGUAUUGAAUAUAUUAACCG